ACUCUCACAUUCCGACAGAAUGAAGGUUGAGACGUGCGCGUUCUCUGGUCACAAGAUCUACCCGGGUAAGGGCAUGACCUUUAUCCGCAGCGACGCCCGGCUGUUCAAGUUUGGCUCGCGCAAGGCUCGCGCCCACUACAACAUGCGCCACAACCCGCGCAAGAUGGCGUGGACGCAGGUCUUCCGCCGCAUGCACAAGAAGGGCAACCUCUCGUCUUUCAAGGCCAAGAAGUCCCGCCGUGUUGUCAAGUUCCAGCGUGGCUUUGUCGGUGCCUCCCUCGCCGAGAUCCGCGAGAAGGUCCAGGCCCAGCGCGACCUCCGUGCCGUCAAGAAGCAGGCCGUCGCCAAGGCCAAGGGUGCCUCCGCCAAGCCGACCAAGGCCGAGCGCCGUGCCGCCAAGAAGGCCAAGCGCGCCGAGAAGGCCGCCAAGACCGUCAAGGCUGGCCGCCCCAACCUCGGUGGUCGCUAAAGCGAACCUUGCACCA